AUGUCCGGCCGAGGUAAAUCCGGAGGCAAAGCCAGAGCCAAAGCCAAGUCUCGCUCCUCUCGAGCCGGCCUCCAGUUCCCAGUCGGGCGAGUGCACCGGCUGCUGCGGAAAGGCAACUACGCGGAGCGUGUGGGCGCCGGAGCACCUGUUUAUUUAGCUGCCGUGCUGGAGUAUCUCUCGGCUGAGAUCCUGGAACUGGCCGGCAACGCUGCCCGGGACAACAAAAAGACCAGGAUCAUCCCCCGGCACCUGCAGCUGGCCAUCCGCAACGACGAGGAGCUCAACAAGCUGCUGGGUGGGGUGACUAUCGCCCAGGGUGGGGUUCUGCCCAAUAUCCAGGCCGUGCUGCUGCCCAAGAAGACCCAGAGCUCCAAGAAAUGAGGCCGGUUGCCUGGCUAAAGGAAAGCGCUCGGCCGUUUAUUUCC